AUGGACAACAUUAAUAAUAUUGAAGUCAUUGAUCUUUCAUAUGAUGAAAUACGUGAAUCUUUACAAAAUGAAAUAUACAACCCUUUACAAAAUGAAAUAUGCGAUCCUUUACAAGAUAAAACAUCACAAAAUAGUGAAACAAUAAAUGAUCCUUUACCUGAUUCUAAUGAAAUAAAUGAUCCUUCGCCUGAUCCUAAUAUGUUUGUGGAAUUGUAUUUAUUUAAAUCUAAUGAAUCAUCAAAUAAAAAAUGUAAACUUUCUAAUCCGCUACGUGAUUAUCUUGUACCAAGUACUAGUGGUUACAUUGUUUGCUGUACAUUAUGUGAAGUGAGCUGGAAAAAAUCAACUGGAAUCAGUACAAUUAAAAGACAUUUUAAAAAAUUUCAUAAGGAUAUUUAUGACCAAUUGCAAGAGGAAAUUCAGAGAAAUAAAACCAUUGAGCCAUAUGGUCCAAAUGAUGAAGUAAAAGUUAAACGCAUUACUUAUUUACUUAUUAACUUUCGUGAGCUUAUAAAUGAACUUGACAAACAAUAUAGAUUACCAUGCCGAAAAACUAUAUCUAACCAAGUUAAUGCCAUCUAUCAAACACAACAAUUAAAUUUUCUUGAAGAUAUGAUUAACGGCUCAAUAGAAGAUACUACGCCAAAACUUGUUGCAACAGCUAUGGCAAUUAAACUUGAUGA